UUGUUCUCUCUCACCCUCGUGCUCACUUGCUCACUCUGGCUUUUGUGUGAGUGGGCGUAUGUGUGUGCAGCACUGUCCGGGGAAAAAAUAAUGUGUGUGUGAGACAGAGAAAGACAGACACACGGGCAAAGAAAGACUGCAAGGAGUCAGACAGACGAGAAAGGAGGACACGAGGAGAAGCGUAGAAGCAGACGCGCAGCAGUGAAGAUCGCAGACGUGAACGCAAGUGGAGAAUGGAAGACAACACGACAGGUUUAGCUCCAGUGUGCAGCUCUACAGCCACGCUGAACCACCACUGCACCGAUGACAGUAUUUCUGCAGCGAGCACGUCAGAUGUGCAGGACCGCCUGUCGUCUCUGGAGCUGCGGGUGCAGCAGCAGGAAGAUGAGCUGACGGUGAUGAAGGCCGCGCUGGCAGACGUGCUCAGACGUCUGGCUCAGUCGGAGGACGCUGCCGCUGCUGCCAAAAAACAGCAAAGCAGCAAAGGUCAGACCCCGCUGCGUGAGGCCUAUUCAAUGUCCUGUAUUGCCAAUGGCAGUUCCAGUGUCCGCAAAUCUCACAGAGAUAGUUCCACAGUGUCCAUAGCAAAGAAAGGGACACUCUCCUCUGCCGCUAAGAGUGGUGGCGAGCGUAAAAAAGACAAGCCUCCGAUGGAGGGGAUCAAGGAGAAAGAAGAGCCUCCACAAGCUAACGAUAAAACCCCCUCAGCACCCAGCACCCCCCAGGCACCGUCCCCUUCCAGCAACCCCCCCUCCCCUCAUCCCCCACUGCCCCAAAGACAGCUCUCGGAGAACAAGGGGUCAACCCUGGCCAAAAGCAGGGGUAGCAGUGCGAAGCGUGGAGGAAUGGAGCGUUCUCAGAGUAGCACGUGGGACAGCGGAGAGGAGAACAGGAAUAAGCUGGUGAAAGCUGCCUCCACCUCCAAACUGCUGUCCAAAGUGGUGAAGAAUGCAGAGAAACACAGAGAUCCAGUCAUCAGCCAAGCUAAAAUGUCAACCCGUGAAAAAAACAGUCAAGAGGGAGAAUAUAUAAAAAUGUUCAUGCGAGGACGACCCAUCACAAUGUUUAUCCCAUCGGACGUGGAGAAUUACGACGAUGUACGCACCGAACUUCCCCCAGAGAGACUCAAACUGGAGUGGGUAUAUGGCUACAGGGGACGUGACUGCCGUGCAAAUGUGUACUUGCUACCUACCGGGGAGAUUGUGUAUUUCAUCGCCUCGGUGGUUGUGCUCUUCAACUAUGAGGAGAGGACACAGCGGCACUAUUUAGGACACACUGACUGUGUCAAAUGUCUUGCUGUUCAUCCAGAUAAGAUCCGUAUCGCCACAGGACAGAUAGCAGGCGUGGAUAAGGAUGGCAGGCCGCUUCAGCCUCACGUGAGAGUUUGGGACUCCGUCAGUCUGUCCACGCUGCAGAUCAUCGGCCUCGGCACCUUUGAGAGAGGAGUUGGAUCCCUCGCGUUCUCUAAAGCCGACUCAGGCAUUCAUCUCAGUGUGAUUGAUGACUCUAAUGAGCACAUGCUCACUGUGUGGGACUGGCAGAAGAAAUCAAAAAUCGCUGAGAUUAAGACAACCAAUGAAGUGGUCUUAGCAGUGGAGUUUCACCCGACUGACGCCAACACCAUUGUUACUUGUGGGAAAUCCCAUAUCUUCUUCUGGACCUGGAGCGGUUCCUCACUCGCCCGCAAACAAGGCAUCUUUGGCAAAUUGUGUGCGAGUGGGUCUCCAUCUGUCUUACUAACCCACCCCAUCCCCACAGGAGCAUUUCAGAUCACGCGUCAGAUCAAGGCUCACGAUGGCAGCGUCUUCACACUGUGUCAGAUGAGGAAUGGCACUCUGCUCACAGGGGGCGGCAAAGACCACAAGAUCAUUCUGUGGGACCACGACCUGAAUCCAGAGAGAGACAUCGAGGUCCCAGAUCAGUAUGGCACUAUUCGUGCAGUAGCCGAGGGCAAGGGGGAGCAGUUUUUGGUGGGCACAUCACGCAACUUCAUUCUGAGAGGCACUUUCAACGAUGGAUUCCAGGUGGAAGUGCAGGGACACACGGAUGAGCUGUGGGGUCUGGCCGCCCACCCGUUCAAGGACCUGUUUCUCACCUGUGCUCAGGACAGACAGGUGUGUCUGUGGAACUCAGUGUACCACACACUGGAAUGGACCAGACUGCUGGACAUCCGAGCAGCUCUAAUGUUUUCUUUCUCCUUUUUCAUUGUCAAAUCUUUUAAUCUCCGUCUUCAGGGACAUUCCAGCUACAUUACACAUCUUGACUGGUCCCCCGACAACAAGUUCAUCAUGUCCAACUCAGGAGACUAUGAAAUCCUUUACUGGGACAUUCCAAACGGUUGUAAGUUGAUUCGUAACCGUUCUGAGUGCAAGGACAUCGACUGGGCCACAUAUACCUGCGUGCUAGGAUUCCACGUCUUUGGUGUUUGGCCGGAAGGUUCAGAUGGGACAGAUAUCAAUGCCCUUGUGCGAUCUCACAACAGGAAGGUGAUCGCUCUGGCUGAUGACUUCUGUAAAGUGCACCUUUUCCAGUACCCCUGCUCAAGACCGAAGGCCCCAAGCCACAAGUACAGUGCCCACAGCAGUCACGUGACAAACGUGAGCUUCAUGCACAGCGACAGUAACCUGAUUUCAACGGGCGGCAAGGACAUGAGCAUCAUGCAGUGGCGUCUGGUGGAGAAGACCUCAUCCUUGGUGCACAGCGACUCCAGCCUGGGCCUGGGCGAUUCCCUGCUGCACAACUCCACUCCUCGCACCCUGGCAUCGGUACCCAGCGUUCCCCACACUCCUACUGAGCCCAUGCCGGUGCCAGCCUCGCUACCCAUCAGCAGCCAACCCAACACCAACACUCCCCCUCUCACUCCCCCCGAACCCCUGCACACAGUUACUCCUAAUGGACAGCAGGAUGGCUCCCCCGAAACCCCGCCCCCUUCGGAUGAGGCCACACCCACAUCCGAUAGCACCCUGAGCCCCAAGGACAGCCUAGAGCCUAGCGACGAUACAGCCACACCCAGUGAUGAGGGCACGACCUUUAACCCGCCCUUAUAAGGCAGUCCGACCCCUUCUCUCGCCUGCUCGAUAGCCCGCCCAAAGGCACCAGCAUGUCACUGCAGCCUCCCUGUCGGAUUACAAAAGCAGGGACUCCUCAGUUUUUUAUCCUUUCAAGAUUUUCUUUUAAUUUCGUGUCUUAGUUUUGUUGUUAUGUUGACAUUCAGUAGAUGUGGUUGUGGAGGCAUUGGUUUGGGUUGGAUGGUUGGAGGUUUGGAAUGUGUAGUUAAAAACCUUUGGAAAGAUUUAGCACACCUACAAGUUUACACUGACACACACACAUACACUACCACACAAACACUAAUACACAUGCAUAGACACAUCGAUAACUGUGAUACAUUAAAAAAAAGAGAAGAAAGCAAAUGAUUUACCAGUUUUAGAUUCAUGUAAACAGAUAAACGGACAAAUACAACAAAAAAUGGACACAUGCUUUAAAUUUAUUGGCAUUUGGCAUAUACAUCAAUACACUUACUUCUUAAGGAUCAAUAACUAAGGAUGAAUUAAGUUGAAUUACCAGACCUUUUCCUCACUUUCCUCACCCAACAAAAUGAACUUUCUGUAUUUAUUUACUCAUC